AUGAUAGGCAUUUCCCUUGGCAGAAGGGCUCACAGCAUGUGGGUGUCUGAGAUCAUGCUCCAGCAGACGCAGGUGGCAACCGUGGUCGACUACUACAACCGCUGGAUAGAGAAGUGGCCGACACUGCAGGCUCUGGCACGGGCAUCCCUGCAGGAGGUGAACGAGCUGUGGGCAGGACUUGGCUACUACUCGAGAGGGAAGCGCCUGCAGGAAGCAGCAAGCAAGGUGCUGGGGAUGGGGGGGCAUUUCCGAAGCCCUCUGCAGCCCAGCCCCGUGCCGCUCACUGCCAUUUCUCCCAGGGACAUGGCCAAUGCCCUGGUAGACAGGAGCCGCCCGGGGGAUUUUAACCAAGCCCUGAUGGAGCUGGGGGCAACUGUGUGCGUGCCCAAGGCCCCGCUGUGCGGGGAGUGCCCUGUGAAGCAGCACUGCCAAGCGCGGCGCAGGGUGGAGAAGGAGCUGGCCUCCGCCUCUCAGAAGCUGUUUGGGAAACCUGCCCCAGUGCCUGACGUUGAGGACUGCGGUGUUGGGGGCUGUCCCCUGUGCCCCCCAGCCGCAGAGCCAUGGGACAGCAGCCUGGGGCUCGCAUUCCUGUCACGCUCCUCCCCAGGUCUCCUGGCCGGGCUCUGGGAGUUCCCAAGUGUCCCGCUGGCCCAGGGUCUGCAGGAGGAGGAGCAGAAGGAGGCACUGGCAGAUCACCUCCAGGCCUGGACGGGGCGGCCUGUCGUCCACAUCUUCUCGCACAUCCACCAGACGUAUGUGGUCUACUCCCUGCCCCUGGAUGGGGACGUGGCCCUGGACCCUGCCUUGUCCCCAUCCCACUGGGUGACAGUGCUGAAAGCGUGUGAGAAGCAGGGUGGGAUGGAGAGCAGCCCCGGCAAGGGCUCCAAGCGGAAGCGGGGGGCAAGAAGGCAGGGGGCAGGCAGCCUCUGCCCUGGGACGCAGCUCUCCCUCCGCGCCUUCCUCCGGGCACCCACUGCCCCGUGA